UUUCUCUGUUUAUUCUCCUGAAGCUCUGCCGCCAUCAGUGAAAGACAAAGACAGAGUUUAUUGAAGGACAGUGAGAAGAUGAGUGAUCCAGAACCCUGCAGAAUUAAACAGGAAGAGACUGAAGAACUAAUAGAUGUGAUUGUGAAGGAGGAGAGUGAAGACCUGAGUGAAGAUGAGGAGAAACAUCAUGUCAAAAGUGAAACUGAAACUCCCACAAAUGCAGAACACAGUAUCUUAGUGGAAAGAACAGCAGUGAAAGGUUUCGUCUGCGCUCAGUGUGGAAAGAGUUUCAAGCACAAAUACACUCUCAACGUCCACAUGAAGAUCCACACUGGAGAGAAACGUUACAAGUGUUCACACUGCGAGAAGAGCUUCAUUCAUUCUGGACAACUGAAACAGCACCAGAGGACUCACAGUAGAGAGAAAUCCUUUCACUGCACUGCUUGUGGGAAGAGUUUCAAACAUUUGUGUUCUCUACGAAAACAUGCAAUCAAGCUUCACAAUCUGAUUGUGAAGGAGGAGGAGAGUGAAGAACUGAGUGAAGACAUGAAGGACCACCUUAGUGCUCAUACAAAUGAGAAAAUACACUCAUGCUCUUGGUGUGGAAAGAGUUUUAUACAGCAGUCGCAUUUACGAAAACACCAGAGGAUCCACACCGGAGAGAAACCGUGCACGUGUCCUCAGUGUGGGACGAGUUUCACACAAUCGUCAAACCUUCUUCGACACAUGCUGAUCCACACUGGAGAGAAAACACACAGAUGUGAUCAGUGCGGCAAAACUUUUUUUAGACCUUCAGAGCUGACGAUCCAUCUCAGAGUUCAUACAAAGGAGAAGCCGUAUUCAUGCUCUGAGUGUGGAAAGAGUUUUACACGACAAACCCAUCUAAAAUCACAUCAGAACAUCCACACUGGCGUGAGAGAGUUUGUGUGCUUCAUGUGUGAGAAGACUUUUAUUAGAGCUGCAGAACUAAAGCGUCACAUGAAGACUCACACUGGAGAGAAACCGUACGUGUGUUCACACUGCAACAAGAGAUUCGCUCGGUCAGGUGAUCUGAAAAUACAUGAGAUGAUCCACACUGCAGAGAAGCCCUACACGUGUACUGAGUGUGGGAAGAGCUUCACUCGAAUAUUACACAUUUACAAACACAUGAAGAGCCACACUGGAGAGAAAACAAACACAUUUGAUCAAUUAUGCUGAACAUUUCUGGAGGCUGAAGGAUCAUCUUCAAUUCCACAUUUAUUUCCUUUGUUAGUAAAGACUCUACAUCAGAUUUCACUGUUAAAUGUGUGCAUCUUUAUGGUAUAGGUCCCUCAAACAUGAAAAUUUUGACUAUUUACUCACUCUUAAGGGGUUCAAACCUUUAUUCAAUACAUCUUAGUUCAGUGUGGUUUAUUUUCACUGCUGAAAGUCCAAACACUGAAAGGCAAAUCCAUCGAUGAGCAGCUCCACAAGUCCCAAACCAAUCAAGCCAGUGGCGAAGAACAAACUUCACCAAUUGACGAAAGUGAAGGAAAAACAAAUCCUUGAGAGAAAUCAGGCUCAGUUGGGCACAAUUAUUUCUCCUCUGACCAAACUUCUUGUUGCAAAGCUGCAGUCUAGACGCUGGAGAACGCUGGAUGUCCAUCGUGGAGAAACUGCGGGUGUGAGUAGGUCACCGGUGGGUGUUUAGACGGGUCUUUCAUCUGCUAAACACAAACAGAUAUGUUAAAGAAAGCUGAAAACCUCUAACCAUUGACUUCAAUAGUAGGAAAAACUAAUACUAUGGAAGUCAGGGGUUACAGGUUUUCAUCUUUCUUCAAAAUAACUUGCUUUGUGUUCAGCAGAAGAAAUAAAGUCAUAAUGGUUUGGAACCACAAGAGCAGAGGUGUCCAAACUCAGUCCUGUAGGGCCGGUGUCCUGCAAAGUUUAGUUCCAACCCCAAUCAGACACACCUGGGCUAGCUAAUCAAGCUCUUACUAGGCUUUCUAGAAACAUUUGUGCAGAAGUUUUGAGGCAACUUGGAGCUAAAAUGUGCGGGACACCGGCCCUCCAGGACCGAGUUUGGGCACCCCUGCCUUAGGCUAAAGCCCCUUCAGCAAGGCGAGUCAUGACUAUGCCCUGAACUGGACUUCAUUCACUAAGUGGUGCACCUCUCACCAUGAAGAACCUUAAGCUUCUUGUUAUGAGACCCUGGCUUGGGUAGGUAUCCAAGAUUUCUACCACUCCCUUUAGAAGUCAGAUAGUGAACCUGCGAGCCCUUUGAUUUUUCUUUCCCUGAUUUUUGUUAUGUAAUGCUACUCCUUAGCCUUUGUUUGCAUUCUGUCAAACUCAAAAUCUGCAGGACACCGGCCCUCCAGGAACGAGUUUGGACACCCCUGCACUAGAGGAAGAGUAAAGGCUAUUAGAAUAUUAAUUUUGGGGUGAACUAUCACUUUAAUUUCAGUCAUUUGUAAAUAGAGUUAACUCUCAACCAGAGUAAGCUGUAAUUAAUAGGUGGAGAUUAUGCAAAGUAAUUACAUGUGCAGCAACUAUUAAUGUGUCUAAUAUAUUCAAUAAAAGCGUGUCAACCAAAAUGUUUUUAUCCAUUUUAUAAAUCGCAGGCUCUCUUCAAUAAAUGUCCAGCUGGUGGCGCUUGAGAUCAACAGAUGAUUUGGUUGCUAUGAUUUGCAAUCCAUAACCAAGGGUACUCUUUUGGUGGGCAUGGUGUACGACAGAAAGUUUCAGUUAACGUCAUUCUCGCUCGUGGAAA